AGUCUUCCUGUUGCAGAGGACCGAACUGAACACUGAUCCAAACGGUAACAUGAUACUAACAUGGCAUAAACAGGGAAGGUGACAGGCUGAUCAAUGUUCACAGUCCGGUGCAUUUUGGGAUCAUCAGCCUGGAGACACAGGAUCAGGCUGCAGAACAGGAUGUCCACUCGCUCGGUGGCUGCAGUCUGUCAGGUGACGGCCACCCCGGACAAAGAGGCCAACUUCUCUGCCUGUAAACAGCUGGUGGAGGACGCCAAAGAGCAAGGGGCCAGCAUGGUCUUCCUGCCUGAGGGCUUUGACUACAUCGGAUCCAGUCGAGAGGAAACGCUGUCACUGUCUGAGAGCCUAACAGGAGACACAAUCUCGCGAUACACAAAGCUAGCCAGGAAGCUUGAGGUGUGGCUGUCUCUUGGAGGAUUUCAUGAAAGAGGACAUGAGUGGGAGACUGACAGACGAAUCUACAACAGUCACAUCAUAGUUAAUGAUAAAGGUGACAUUGUGUCAGUCUAUAGGAAGUCUCAUUUGUUUGAUGUGGAACUGCCAGAAAAAGGUGUAUCCCUCAAGGAAAGUGCCUUCACCAUCCCUGGACCCUCCCUUGUGUCUCCAGUCCAAACUCCCAUCGGCAAGGUUGGUUUGGGCAUCUGCUAUGACCUGAGAUUCCCUGAGUUAUCGCUGGCUCUGCAAAGAGAUGGGGCUGAGAUCCUGACAUACCCAUCAGCCUUCACAGUGGCAACAGGAGCUGCUCACUGGGAGGUGUUACUCCGUGCACGGGCAAUUGAGAGCCAGUGCUUUGUUGUGGCGGCAGCACAGGUCGGUCGGCACCAUGAGAAGCGAUCGUCGUAUGGCCAUGCCCUGGCAGUCGACCCCUGGGGCGAGGUUCUGGGUGACUGUGGAGGGGAAAACCCAGGCAUGGUGCUGGUGGAGAUAAACCUGGAAAAAGUCAGCAGCACUAGGAGAAACAUGCCGGUUCAACAGCACCGCAGAGACACUGGCUUCUACCACAGUCUGGAGAAGACAUAAGAGAAGCUCACGUUUUAAAAUCUUUGUCACUGAAAAUACAAACUAAACAGGAUGUAGGGGCACUGAAUUUAUUAAUUUGGAUUUAGGUCAAGUACACAUUUCAGAAAACUAACAGGUUUUCUCUUUUUGUUUCAGGUUUAGG